AUGGUAAAUAAAUUCUCAGCUUAUUGUCCACCUGAUCAUUGUUAUUACAUUUAUAAUUAUAUACAUACAUUGAAUAAUCUUCAACUAGCUGAUCCAGAGUUUUACAAAUCUGAUCAAAUUGACUUAUUGUUAAGUGCUUCGGCCCAUGCCUUGAUAAUACAAGAUCAAGUGCUUAAGUUAGGCAUAAAUAUGCCUAUCGCUUCAAAAUCCUCAUUAGGGUGGUUAUUAUCUGGACCUGUCAGCUCCAAUACCGAUAAUAACAAGACAGGUACUGUAACAAGUCUUCAUAUUACCGAGGUAGUACCACUUAACGAGUUAGUGAAACAAUUUUGGGAAGUAGAGGAAAUUCCAAAUCCUUCAGAAUACUUAACUAAUGAGGAAAAGGGGUGUAAAAAAAUCUUUAAAGACACUCAUUUUGCUACUAACUCUGGCAGAUUAAGUGUUAAAUUACCCUUUAAAGCUUCAACUGACUCACUACAUGCCGAGUCGCGGAAAAGCUAUCAAUUAGCCAAAAACAUGUUACUUAGAAUGGAGACUCGUUUCAAUUCAAAUGUAAAAUUGAAAUCUUCUUAUAGCUCAUUUUUGAAAAAGUACCUUGAUCUCAAUCAUAUGAGCUUAGUUAGUUCAGAUACUUCAGUACCCCGUUUGUACUUACCACAUCAUGGGGUUAUAAAAGAAGCUAGUACUACCACAAAGCUUCGGGUAGUCAUUAAUGGCUCAGCCACUGUGGGCAAAAGCACAUCUCUCAACGCUGUUUUACAUGCAGGACAGAAUCUGCUGCCAAACAUUUUCGAUUUACUUUUGAAAUGGAGAAACUAUAGAUUCGUCUUUAUUACUGAUAUUCAAAAGAUGUUCCGACAAAUUUUAAUUCAUCCUUCAGAUAGACCAUAUCAAUCCAUACUUUGGCGGGAAAAUCCUCAAGAUGAGGUCAGUAUUCAUGAAUUAAAUACUGUCAAUUAUGGCCUAGUUAGUGCCCCUUUCUUAGCAUCUAGAACUCUGAAGCAAUUGGCUGAAAAUUACAAAUCAAAAUUUCCUUUGGGUGCCUCUAUUUUAGAGAAUAAAGUCUAUGUGGAUGAUUUCAUCUCAGAAGUACACUCUUGUAAGGAAGCUAAGCAGAAAAUAUACCAGUUAAUAGGUAUCACUCAAAGAGAAUAUAAAAACGAAGAACAACUCAUUCUAUUAACCUCAGAAACUUACACCUCCAUUUUAGGUUUAGUGUGGAAGCCUAAUAUUGAUUCAUUCUUUUUCAAGAUUGAGACAGCACCACAAAAUAUUAAGUGGACCAAACUAUCUAUGUUGUCUCAACUUGCAAAGUUUUUCGACCCAUUAGGUUGGCUAUCCCCUACAAUCAUUAGAGCAAAAAUUCUUAUGCAAGCCACUUGGCUUUUAAAAAUUUCGUGGGAUGACCCAUUACCAUUAAAAAUAGCUGAUGAUUGGAUUAGGUGGUUAGAUGGGACGAAAUUAUUAGGAAAAAUUAAUAUUUCUCGUAGGAAUCAUUUUAGUCCUGACAUUGAAAAGCUUGAACUUCACGGUUUUGCYGAUGCUUCCAAGGAAGCUUAUGCUGCAGUUCUAUACUUGCGCAUAAUUGUUAAAAAUCAAGUCCACAUUCAAUUGUUAACUUCAAAAACAAAAGUAGCACCAAUCAAGAUACUGAAUAUUCCUCGAUUAGAGCUAUGUGCUGCUUGUCUUCUAGCAGAUCUAGAUUUAAUGGAGAAGUCUCCUGAGGAUCUUCAACCCUUAGUUAUUCAUACUACUCAAGCUGAACCAGUUAAAGCUUCGUGGGAACUAUAUUAUCGGUAUUCUGAUUGGAAUAAGGUGUUAAAAGUUACAGCUUGCUGUAUUCGUUUUGUUUUUAAACUUAUGCAAAAAUCUCAAAGGUUUCAACCAGGUUUUGUUAUUAACAACCUUCAAUAUUUUGACUUUACAGAUACCAUCAAUGCUAAUUAUAAGCAUUUAACAAUGAGUGAGAUAAACAAUGCAAGAAAUUACUGGAUUUUUACUCAUCAAAACCUGCAUUUUGAAAAUGAGAUAAAGGCUCUCAAAAAAUCAGAAUCUGUUAGUAAAAACAGCAGUCUAGUUAAACUUAACCCCUUCUUGAAAAAUGAUAUUCUUAGAGUUGGYGGAAGAAUAGGCCAAGCUGAACUGAUUGAUGAUUCUAAACAUCCGUUAAUACUCGGUCCCAAUGAUCACUUGACUAAUAUCAUUGUCAGUAUUGGAUCAAAACCUCCGUUGAAUAUACAAGCUGCCAAUUUACAAGCUAUUUUAAAAAUUAUUUUACAAUUAAAUAGGUGUUUAGGUACUAUAGCCCAAACGCAUUUGUUGAAGCACUCAUUAUUAUUUUAA